AUAUGGCGGAUGGGCAAAAACACUCUGACAUCUGCAGGGUAGGGAUUAUCUCCUUCUGCAUACCGGUCUUGAGUUAUUAUUGAAUUCAAUCGAUUUUUCUUCACAUAUCAACGAGGUUAUUAGGAUUUUUCAAUUAAAAAAUUGCUGUUGCGCACAUCCAGAGACCUGGAGUUAUUUUCGAUGAACUUCUCAAUUCGCAAUUGGAAGAGAUUCUCGAAUGUGAACUCUACUCUGUGAGGAGCGAUGAGAGUGUGAUUGAUUCAGCAGUUUUGAAUAUUUAAAUAUUAUUGGAUAAAACAGAUAUUAUCCAGAUUUGGGAAUAAUUUUGAAGAAUGGAUGGGAGUAAAGUUGAAGAGGACAAUCAUCAACGGAUCAACGAUGGUGAUUGGGUCUGUCCUGAUUCCCAAUGCGCCAACAUCAAUUUUGCCAGACGAAGUUCUUGUAAUCGAUGUGGAAAAGACAGAGGAGAGUCGUCAAAGAAGAAAAAACUGGGACAGGAAAUAGGGAAAGUGGCUGCUGAAAAAAGCAGAGGACUCUUCAGUGCUGAUGACUGGCAAUGCAGUAAAUGCGGGAAUGUUAAUUGGGCACGACGUCAACAAUGCAACAUGUGUAAUGCACCGAAAUUCGGUGAAGUAGAGGAAAGGACAGGCUACGGUGGAGGUUACAAUGAUCGAGGGGUUGUCGAGUACAAAGAACGUAGGAAUGACGACGACGAUGAGUAUGACGAAUUUGGGAGGCGAAAGAAGAAGCGAAAAAUGGACAGAUCAGAUGAUGAUUCGAAGGAGUCCUCCAAGUACAGUAGUCCACCUCGUAAAAUAAGUUCUGAGGACAAGUUUGGAGGUACUGAGGAUCUUGUGGUGCAUGGUGAUACUAAAAAUCAUUUUGAUGAGGAUGAAGAGGAGGAGGAGGAGGCAGUGAAUCGAGGUGGAGAAGAUGAGGAAGCAACUGGAGAAGAAGAGGACGACGAAGACGAUGGUGAUGGAGAUUUAUCAAAAUACGACCUCAGCGAAUGGGAUGAUUAUGUACCCGAGAAGAAAAGGUGAAAGUCGUUCAGCAAACAACCAUGAGUUUGGAAGCUCGACGACAGUCAACAAUUGCGCAAACACGUUUAGUUACUUUCCAAAGUUAUAUCUAGAUAAUUACGAGUAUUUGAAAACACUUGAAAAUGCCUAGAAAUCGAUGAGACAAAGAAAAACCUGCAAUAGAAUUGUGAACGUUACAAUUUGGGCUGAUGAAUGUAGUUGUUGAAGUAUUUAUAGAUUUCGAAGAAACUUAGGAGAAAUGAAAAAAAAAAAA